UGUGUCGAACCGGCCGCGAUUGAUCCUGUCCGCAACCCGCUCCUCGUGCACCCUUCCUCCUGGUCGAGCCGAACGCUCUGCCCGAAUUCCAGUCAGCGUUUUGCAAGGGACUUAAAACUGACCAUCGCACUUGCGAAUCUCUUUUCGCCCGCUCGGUGUGCAGCUCGUUAAUUUGACAGCCUGCGUUGGUCUUCCGAUCUCUCUCACCCGGCAGCUCGUCGACCGACACACACGCACAGCCUUCCCACCCGUUUCGAUUUGUUUUGCUCGGCAUUAUUCCUCGAAGCAGCGAUGGCUCCGGAUAUUUUCGAGCCCCCGGAAGCGUUCGCCGACGAAAUUACCCUGCUUUUAGAAAACGAGAAGCAAGAUGAAAUUACUACACGGAAGGCAAAUAAGGAGAGCCAAGGAAUCUUUUUUACAGGAUGUACAAAUUUUGUUGAGAUCGUCAAUCUGAACCUCACGGCCAUGGACCAGAUGUGUUGCAGCGGGUUGCUUUACAGCAGCUACGUUUUCUGUCGGGGCAUCCUGAAGACGAUAUGGGUGAUUGCCAACAAUCUCUACUGCUUCCCUACACACACCCUGUGGAUGCUCACGUUGUUCCCGCUGAAAAAAUGUAAACCGAGCAUGUACUGGAAAAUCGAAGGCCUCAUUUACCACUGGAUGAUCUCCAUGGUCGGCUGCUGGAGCUGGGUGUCCGGCUACAAUGUUGUGGAAGUUGGCGAUGAUGUAACUCGAAUUCUGGAUCAAACUGUUCUGGUCAUCGCUAACCACCAGUCAACGGCAGACGUACCUUUGAUGAUGGGGUGUUUUAAUGCAAAGGAGGGAGUGCUGCCCAACUUGAUGUGGAUAAUGGACAGCGUUUUCAAAUACACCAAUUUUGGCAUUGUUUCUUAUUUCCACGACGAUUUUUUCAUUCUCUCCGGUCCUGAAAACAGGGAGAGAGGUGUGCAGCUUCUUAGGAGACAUUUAGAAAAGGUCUACAAGACUUUAAAUAGAAAGUGGCUCAUCUUGUUUCCGGAGGGUGGCUUUUUGCACAAGAGACGUGAAGCAAGCAACAGAUAUCUUGAAAAGAAUGCUGAAUUAAUAGGCUUUUCCGAACUACGCAAUGUGACUUUGCCUCGUGUUGGGGCUAUGGAAGCCAUCAUUGAGAGCCUCGCCCCUCCCGCAGUUCACUUAGACAGCACUCUUGACUACAAUUCAGCUGCGGAAGAAGGCGUCGAUCCUCUAUCCAAUUUGUCCAACCAUGUCAUCAUCCCUCCGGACGAGCCUUGUCUCAAGUACAUCCUAGAUAUCACCAUUGCCUACCCCAGCGGAAAACCUCUCAGUCUGCUGGACAUCGUCACUGGCUCCAAAGAACCUAGAGACACUUUCUUCCUUUACAAAAUUUACGACACUAAACAGAUCCCAUCAGACACUGAAGGGAUGAAAAAAUGGCUGUACAACUUGUUCAAGCAAAAGGACGAUGUUCUGCAGCACUUUUACAACACAGGAAAGUUCCCCGUCGAAAUGGGAGAUGGCAAUCUGCUGAGACGGCCAGUGCAGCAAGACAAUUUGAAGUUCGUCAUUCUCCAUUGCACUUUUAUCGUGUCCACCUACAUGCACUACUGCAUUUUUUCAUAUUUGUACUCGCUGCUAUGGUAACUAAACAAAAUCCUUGCCUCAAUGAGAAUUCAGCUUUAAUAACUUGCGAACGAGAGUUAAUGACAAUUUUCAAUUUUAAGUGCAAUUAAUUCAUUGCUUUCACAUCUAAUGAGUUUUAUGUCAAAAUGCCUUGGAUGGCCCAGUUCUCUGUUUCUCUCUCUGACCGUUGCAAUUUUUGCAUCCUGCUGGAGCUGCAGCAUAACAUGCUAUGUUUUCCUCUUGUUAACGAUGAGCCAGAUAUGUAACAUGAUUAUGCCAUUUUGAACGAGAGAUUCCUAAUACGUGAAAAUUUUUGUCGAGGUUCGCAGUUAAAAAAAGAACUGAAUGCGCUUUUUAGACACUGGACUGAUAGGGGACUUAAAUUACAAAGGGGAGGAGGCAAGAAAUAAUAAAUGAAAAUGUCACAUAGGUAAUUCUAAACAGUAGUGGAAUACUUAAAACAAAACAAAAACUACUGACGACGCUGCAAAUAACAACCUGGUCACUGUCAUAAACAGAAACACAGCUGGCUGUUGUAUAUUGUACAUAUUGUACAAAGUUUUUAAUUUAUUUUUUCUUUUUUACCUCUCAAUCAUUCCAUGUCCAUGAUAUAUAACGUAAAGAUUAAGAAUUUUCGACAAGUGUGAGUGGCGUGCGUGUCAAAAAUGAAUUUGUGUCAUAGCAUUUAAAUGGAAGUUUUCGACCGAAUCAGCAGCCACUUCUUAAUUCAUUCAUUAAACUGCAAUUCUCAUUCACAUUUCAACUGUUGUGAGUUUGAACGAGCAAAUUUUAUCCAAAGGCAACUUUAUUUCAAAUGGAAUGAGUCAAUGAUAAACAUUUCAAUUUGGUACUUAGUUGAGGUAAUCUGGUUGCUAUGUGAUGAUCUUUGUCAUAGAAGAUCAGGUGACAGGCCCUCUCAAAACAAUUAUAAAAAAGUGUUUUAUUGGUUAGCUAUUUGUCAUGAGUCGGAAUUUUUGUUGAGGGCAAAAAAUAACUUUUGUAACACGCAAGUGAAGGAAUUCGCCCCCAAAACAUUUAAAUGAGGGUCUUUAUAACAUGCGCUUUUAAUAUUUUAUGUAGCAUUUCAUUCUUUUUGUAAAGCUUCUUCCGUCACAAAGCAAUCAAGUGCGCGUGCAUCUGACCUUCAUCUCUGUUUCCCAGAAUAAAGAGCAGCAUAAUUUACUUUUGUGAAGUGAAUUACGUGACUUAAAACUAGAGUUCAUGUGUAAUAAUUUUUAAUUCUUUCAUGUAGCUGUCUAUACAUUUAGUCUGACUUUCUUUUAACUUUUGAGUCUAGUCCUUAUUGCUUUUCCUCCCCUUAAGAGCAAGCUUCCUUUUUUUAAUUAUACCGUUUUUUUUCCAAUACUUACGUUUUGGGACUUUUCUGUCCCCUUUUUUAGCCAAACAUUUUAUAGCUUUGCUACUCCAACUUACGCAUUUUUACCACAAAGAGUAUGCAAGCGUUGCUUGUUAUUUGUGUUACAAAUUGAAUGUUAAUAGUAAAAUAGCAAUGUAAAGAACUGUAUCUCUUAAUUUCUAAACAAGAAAAAUGUGCACAAAAUUGCAAUGAUAUAUAGUUUGGUGAUUGCAGAAAAAUAAAAUUGCAGUAAACAUUA